AUGGAUGACACCGUGGGUGUUUCUAGGAAUCCCAACGUUGUUGGGGAAGCGUUCUCCUUCAAUGAGCUGAUGCGAAGAGACUUCUGGGGUCUUCCCAUGCAUGGGUCGGGCUGGACAAACAAGUCCUUUCGGCCACUCACGACGCUCACGUUCCGUUGGAACUAUCUUCUGCAUGGCCUUGAGUCGUCGGGUUUCCACGUGACGAACGUGCUGUUGCACAGCUUGACCGCGCUGCUUGUAGGACACACCGCCACCGUGGCCCUGGGCUUUCCUGGCUCCUGGGCCGCUGUCGCGUCUGCGUUUUUUGGGAUCCACCCCGUGCACACGGAGAAUGUCCUUUACCUGGUGUGUCGCGCAGACAUCCUUGCGUGUCUUCUGGGGCUCAUGGCCAUCAAUGCCUACGGCAUGUUCUUCAGCCCACCGGCAAGCUUGAGGCCUCUUUGGACCAGCCUCCGCGUACGGCCUUUCGAUACACACUGCUUUACGCCAUCUCUGGGUGAAGGCGCAGCCCAGAAUCCGGCUUGGAUGGCCGUGCCGGUGAUCCUGAUUGUUGCCAGUGGCUUGUGCAAGGAGUCUGGGUUCACGUUGUUUGCCAUUCCAUUUCUGAUGGAGCUGCUGGACUUCCUGACCACACAGGCCCUGGCACAUCAUCACAAAGAGCGGAUAGGCCGACGAAUCAUUCGGCGUUUGAGGCUUCGGAUAGGACUAUUGAUAGCGAGCACGAUCCUUGUCUUCGUUGCGCGCUACCGCCACACCGGAGGGACCAAGCUGAAUAUGUCCCCGCAGGACAACCCGAUCAGCUUCGAGUCAGUGUGGCAGGCCAGAGUCCUGUCCUACGCUUACUUACAUGGCGUCUACAUGCAGCUGCUGGUCUGGCCAAAGUUCUUAUGCUACGACUACUCCAUGGAUGCCAUUCCCAUUGUGCGCGAGACUACCGACUGCCGGCUCCUCUUGCCAUUGGCCGCUUAUGUGGGAGCUAUUGGCACCGUCAGCUUCGUCUUGCAGCUUCCUACCCGACAUAGACGAGCCGGGCUCAUCGCGCUCGCGCUGCUAGUGGUUACGUACCUACCAGCCAGUAACAUCCUUUUUCCGGUGGGCACUGUGGUGGGAGAGCGCCUGCUCUACGUACCAUCUGCCGGCUACUGCCUUGCUGUCGUCGUCGUGCUACACGCAUACCUUCAAGGCACGCAAAGUAGACCGAGGGUGGUGCCGCGACGCCGGGGCCUUACGGCAGGCCGUUUGCCUCCAUCAGGGGAACUUACAGGUAAUUCCCAAAUAAUUCCCUAA